GAGAAAGCUGGUCUGAAGGAGCUUUCUGGGUGUGUGUCACUGUUAUAUUUGCUGUUAGACUUGCAUGGAUUGCUGUUUGUGAGAAACUGGGAAGCUGUCCUUUGUGCCUGUGACUGCCAUGGGGGAAUCCAGCAUGGACCCGACCCUCUCUGCUCCUGACAGCACUGCACAGCAGGACUCUCUCUUCAGCAUGAUGGACUUGUUCCUCAUCUCCCUCAUCACUGGACUUUUUACCUACUGGUUCUUCUUCCGCAAGAAAAAGGAGGAAGUGCCCGACAUCCCCAAGAUGCAGACAGUAGUAGCUCCAGUGAGAGACAGCAGCUUCAUUGAGAAGAUGAAGAAGACGGGGCGAAAUAUCGUGGUUUUCUAUGGUUCCCAGACGGGCACGGCAGAGGAGUUCGCCAAUCGCCUCUCCAAGGAUGCCCAUCGCUACGGCCUGCGGGGCAUGGCAGCAGAUCCAGAGGAGUAUGACCUGUCGGACCUGAGUCGCCUCUCGGAGAUCGACAAGUCCCUGGCUGUGUUCUGCAUGGCCACCUAUGGAGAGGGGGAUCCCACAGAUAAUGCUCAGGAUUUCUACGACUGGCUGCAGGAGGCCGAYGCCGACCUGUCGGGUCUCCGGUUCGCUGUCUUUGGGCUGGGGAACAAGACUUAUGAGCACUUCAAUGCCAUGGGGAAGUACGUGGACAAGAGGCUGGAGGAACUUGGAGCCCAGCGCAUCUUCGAGCUUGGGCUGGGAGAUGACGAUGGCAACCUGGAAGAAGACUUCAUCACCUGGAGAGAGCAGUUCUGGCCAGCAGUGUGUGAACACUUAGGAGUGGAGGCUACGGGAGAAGAGUCCAGCAUCCGGCAGUACGAGCUGGUGGUGCACACAGACGUGAACAUGAACAAAGUGUACACGGGGGAGAUGGGCCGACUCAAGAGCUACGAGAACCAGAAGCCCCCCUUUGAUGCCAAGAACCCCUUCCUGGCUCAGGUCACGGAGAACCGCAAGCUGAACGAGGGUGGAGAGCGACACUUGAUGCACCUGGAGCUGGAUAUCUCCAAUUCCAAAAUCAGGUACGAGUCCGGGGACCACGUGGCCGUGUACCCAGCCAACGACUCCUCCCUGGUGAACCAGAUUGGUGAGAUCCUGGGCACGGAUCUGGACACUGUCAUGUCCCUAAACAACUUGGAUGAGGAAUCCAACAAGAAGCACCCCUUCCCCUGCCCCACAUCCUACCGGACAGCSCUGACCUAUUACCUGGACAUCACCAACCCUCCCCGCACCAACGUCCUGUACGAGCUGGCCCAGUACGCCACGGACACCGGCGAGCAGGAGCGCCUCCGCAAAAUGGCCUCAUCUGCCGCCGAGGGCAAGGCGCUGUACCUGAGCUGGGUGGUGGAGGCUCGCAGGAACAUCCUGGCCAUCCUGCAGGACAUGCCCUCCCUGCGGCCCCCCAUCGACCACCUGUGCGAGCUGCUGCCCCGCCUGCAGGCCCGCUACUACUCCAUCGCCUCCUCCUCCAAGGUUCACCCCAAUGCCAUCCACAUCUGUGCCGUGACGGUGGAGUACGAGACCAAGACKGGCCGCCUGAACAAAGGGGUGGCCACCAGCUGGCUCAAGGGCAAGGUGCCUGACCAGAACGGGAGCAGCUCCCUGGUGCCCAUGUACGUCCGCAAGUCGCAGUUCCGGCUGCCCUUCAAGCCCAGCACGCCCGUGAUCAUGAUCGGGCCGGGCACUGGCGUCGCCCCAUUCAUGGGCUUCAUCCAGGAGCGUGCCUGGCUGAAGCAGCAAGGCAAAGAGGUGGGUGAGACGGUGCUUUACUACGGCUGCCGCCGCGAGCGCGAGGACUACCUGUACCGGGAGGAGCUGGCCCGCUUCCAGAAGGARGGAGUCCUCACCCAGCUCCACGUGGCCUUCUCCAGGGACCAGGCUGAGAAGGUUUAYGUCCAGCACUUGCUGAAGAAGAACAAGGAGAACAUCUGGAAGCUGCUUAACGAGGGCAUGGCUCACAUCUAUGUGUGUGGYGACGCCCGGAACAUGGCCCGGGACGUGCAGAACACCUUCUACGAGAUUGUGUCAGAGUUCGGCAACAUGAGCCAGCCCCAGGCCGUGGACUAUGUAAAGAAACUGAUGACAAAGGGCCGCUACUCGCUGGAUGUGUGGAGCUAAGAGCGGGGCUGGCAGGGCCGGGGAGAGGACAGGUCCCCUGGGCAGUGCCUGCUCAGCCGCUGCUGCGGGGGGUGACAGUGGCGUCCCCAGCCCACGCUACCCCGGUGUCGCUCCCAACCCUUCCCGGCCUCGGCAGCCCCUCGGGGCGGGCUGUGCUCCCAGGGGCUGGAAGGGCUUGAGAGGGGCAGGGGGGUAGCCCAGGCUGCUGCCCGGGAGCUGCAGUGCCACCCCAGSGUGCCCCCUGUGGCACCAGCGUUURCCUUGAGGCUGGGGACAUCAGGGACACAGCUGCUGUGGGGCAGACGGGACGGACACUGCCAGCGAGCUCUGGGGACCUUCCCCAMACACGAGGUGCUGCCUUAUCCCCGGGGGCUGAGCCCCCCCUGGCCUGCAGGGACAGCACAGGGCUGGAGGGGCUCUGCCUCCCUGCUGCCACCCCUGUUUGCCCAUCUCUGGGAUGUGGGGCUGGCUCUGGGCACMGAGCUGUCCCGUGGCCCCACCAGCAUCCCCUCCAUUCCUGCUGCCYGCCCUGGCUCCAGCAGCAGCGGGAAGGGGGUGGCUCCUCUCCCCUCGGGAAUUCACCCGGUUUGGGAGGCGGGGUCUYAGCCCUUAGGGCCCUACUUGCUCCCCGGCCAGCCCCUCCCUCACGCCGCUUACGGUCGUUUUUUAAAUACUGUUUUUAUUUGAACAUCUUUGUGAUUUAAGCAAAAAAAAAAAAAAAAAAAGCCCGAACAAAAAAAACCCCAGACUUUCAGACUGUCCAAUGAUUGUAAAUUAUUUAAAUACAUUUGCCCUUGGAAUAAAAA